UUUCUUUUGUAGUUGUCAUCAUGGCCUGAGGUUUAACUGUAACAUUUCUGUUUUAGUAUAUUUCUCAACCUAUACUAGCAUCAAAAGAUGAUGUCAAUCAAAAAAGAAGCUGCAGAAGAGCAAUGAUUUUACUAAAACAUAAAAUUUUGAAAAGCAUAGCACUAAGACGCACUAAGAAGGGAAGGGCUGCAGAUAUUUAUAAUUCCCUUCCUCAAAAAAUUGUUCAAUUGAGGCAAGAUAUUUUUGACAUUGACGAAAAAAAUUAUUACAGAUCACUGUACAAUAUAAGUCGGUUACAAUUUUAUCAAUAUGUUGCAGAUAAAUCUGUAUUGAAUAAUUUCAUGCACAUAAUUCAACUCCUUACAAGAAUACGACAGGUAGCAGAUCAUCCAUACAUUGACAUAUAUUCCCAAGCUGUAUGCAAUCUUGAUAUUAAUGAAAGAACCUGUGACAUUUGCCUUGAUGUAGCAGAAGAUCCAGUGGUUACCUCUUGCCAACAUGUUUUCUGUAAGGAUUGUUUCAUAUAUUACUCUGAAGCACUGGGAGAAGACUCAUGUCCCAAGCAGAAUAAAAAGGCAAGUAUGAAGAGGACUGAACGUUCAAGUUUUCCGAGCAGAAUUCCUCUUAAAGAAUUAAAGCCGAGCACAAAAAUGUUGGCCUUGAGGGACGAAAUCAAUAAAAUGAUUCAAAGAGAUAAGUCAGCAAAAGGAGUUGUUUUGAGCCAGUUCACAUCAUUUUUGGAGUUGAUAGGAUACUUUCUCUUUAAUUCUGGAAUACAUUAUGUUCCACAUGUGGGACAAAUGACCUUGGCCACAAGCAAUUCUGCAAUAGAGACCUUUAAUCGUGGAGACUGCAAGAUUUUUCUUGUUAGCUUUAAAGCUGGUGCUGCUGUCCUCAAGCUGAUAAAAGCAUCUCAUGUUUUCUUAAUGGAUCCGUGGUGGAAUCCAACCCAGGAGUUGCAGGCUGUAGAUCUAAUCCGCCGAAUUGGACAGAAAGAACAAGUCAGGGUCAUAAGUUUCAUUAUUAAAGACACAAUUGAAGAGAAGAUUCUGAUGCUGCAGGAGAUAAAUCAGUUGGUGUUUGAAGGGAAUCCUGGUGGUUCUCCUAAGGACAUGGGAAGAUUAACAGAAAAUGAAUUAACAUAUUUGUUUUUACUAUAA